AUGGAGGGCAAUUCCACUGCUGGAUCCUUUACGCCUUCGCAGCAGUUCAGUGUUGCUGACCUUGUCGUCAUAGUGGUUUAUUUUUCCUUAAAUGUUGCAGUGGGAAUAUGGUCUUCGUGCAGGGUGAACAGGAACACGAUCAGUGGCUAUUUCCUUGCUGGCAGAGACAUGGCGUGGUGGCCAAUCGGCGCCUCUCUCUUUGCCAGCAGCGAAGGCUCGGGGCUCUUCAUUGGGCUGGCUGGGACUGGUGCUGCUGGGGGAAUUGCUGUCACCGGCUUCGAGUGGAACGCGACUUACGCUCUUCUGGCACUAGCCUGGGUGUUUGUGCCGGUCUACAUCGCCUCUGGGAUCGUCACAAUGCCAGAGUAUCUCCAGCGGAGGUUUGGAGGAGAGAGGAUCCGGAUGUACCUCUCCAGCCUGUCGCUCCUGCUCUCAGUCUUCACCAAAAUCUCUACGGACCUGUACUCGGGGGCCCUCUUCGUGCAAGUCUGCCUGGGCUGGGACCUCUACCUCUCCACCGUCCUGAUGCUGGUGGUCACGGGCCUCUACACCAUCGCAGGGGGGCUGGCAGCCGUCAUCUACACCGAUGCGCUGCAGACGCUCAUCAUGGUCCUUGGAGCCAUCAUGCUGGCGGUGAAAGCUUUUAAUGAGAUCGGAGGUUACCCCAACCUGGAAGAGGCCUAUUUAAAAGCCAUACCAUCCAAGAUUGUUCCCAACACUACGUGCCACCUGCCCAGAGCGGAUGCAAUGCACCUCUUCCGAGACCCAGUCUCUGGAGAUCUGCCCUGGACUGGGAUGACUUUUGGGCUGUCUAUCAUGGCCACGUGGUACUGGUGCACCGACCAGGUCAUCGUCCAGCGGUCGCUCUCUGCAAAGAGCCUGGGUCACGCCAAGGCUGGCUCCAUCUUGGCCAGCUACCUGAAGAUGCUGCCCUUGUUCGUUAUCAUCAUGCCGGGGAUGAUCAGCAGGGUCCUGUACCCAGACACCGUGGCCUGCGUGGACCCUGAGGAGUGCACCCGCGUGUGCGGGACGGCCGUGGGCUGCUCCAACAUCGCCUACCCCAAGCUGGUGGUGGAGCUGAUGCCCAGCGGACUGCGGGGUCUGAUGAUUGCGGUGAUGAUGGCCGCGCUCAUGUCAUCCCUGACCUCCAUAUUCAACAGCAGCAGCACCCUCUUCACCAUGGACAUCUGGAGGAAGCUUAGGCCAGGGGCUGGUGAGCGAGAGCUGCUCUUGGUGGGCAGGGUGGUCACGGUGGUGCUGGUGGCUCUCAGCGUGGUCUGGAUCCCCAUCCUGCAGAGCUCCAGUGGUGGUCAGCUCUACGUCUACAUCCAGGCUGUCACCAGCUACCUGGCUCCCCCUGUCACUGCUGUCUUCAUCCUGGCUGUCUUCUGGCCCCGAGCUAACGAGCAGGGAGCUUUCUGGGGCCUGAUGGCAGGGCUGGUGCUGGGACUGGCCAGGAUGGGGCUGGAGCUGGUGCACCCCCCACCCCGUUGCGGAGUCCCUGACAGGCGGCCCUGGCUGCUUGCUGACAUCCACUACCUGCACUUUGCCAUGCUGUUGUGCGCCGCCACGGGCACCAUCGUGGUGGGGGGCAGCUUGCUGACCUCCCCACCACCUCUGGCCCAGCUGAAGGAUCUCACCUGGUGGACCCUCUCGCGGAAGCCCCCCCAGCCCUCUGUGGAUGGCAUAUCCCAGGGACCCCCUGAUGGUGAGUGUCCCCCCUUCUGGGCCCGCAUCUGCAGCAUCAAUGCCGUUAUCCUCAUGUGCAUCAAUAUUUUCUGCUAUGCCUAUUUUGCCUAGCGGCCUGCCAGCCCCCAGGGGUGGAAAGGUGCUGGGAAGGGGAGAGAGAUGGGAAUUUGGGUGAUAGUUUUUAUCUCACAUUUGGGAUACAGGAUGUUUAAAUCCACUGGUGCAGUGAGCUGGGUGUUCUCAGCAGUGUGGACCCUGAAUACAUCCCAUGGGGCUGUGAGAUGUGGGGGGCACCUGCGGGGGCACUGAGUCCCGCGGGGGGUCUGGGGAGAAGUAUUGGGGUGGGUGAAUAAGGGCUGCAGGGGAAGCAAAACCACAGCAAAGCAGCAGGUGUGUGAGUGCGACCACAGGAUCCCCGAGCUGGUGGUGGAAAAGGAGCAGCCACACUCGAGGGUGUCACCCAAACAUGUUUUACUAGCUCUAAAUAAAAUAUAUAUAUAUAUAUAUAUUUAAGAAGAGCCACAAUUUGCAGCUAUGAACAGCACCCACAGGACUGAAUCCCCCCGGAUCAGCCUCCCCCUGGUGCCCUGAGCCCCAGCACCCCUCUGAGGAGGUACCAAGCCCGGCUGUACCCUGGCUGCCUGCAGCCCUCCCUGGAGCCCGGGCUUCACUUACCGGGUCUGGCGAGGAGCAAAGGUUUGGGGUACAUGCUCUUCACCUCCGUUGCUGCCACCUGUUGGGUUGUGGCUCUGGAAAAGUUUUUAUGGCCCUGGUUUGAUGCUCUGUGCUCCUUCCCAGGGGAGCGCCGCUGCCAGCCUGCAGCAAGAGGCAAU